GUCGUGCGGUUCACUUCGAUCGGAAGGAAAGAAUAAGUUUUCAUUAGGAAAAUAUUUUUUUUAAAUAUAAAAUCAUACCAAAAAGUGCAAACUACAUUGAGAACCGAAGAUUUAUGUUGUGAGGUUGAAGCACCUCCAUUCAUCAAAUGGAUAAAAACCGACUUUACUGAAAGGUUGAAAAUCAAUAGAUUGAUUAAACUAUCUUUCAUCAUAAAUGUGAGAUCGAGAAAAAAAAGUGAAGUUUGUGUUUGAAUAAGAAGAUUUCCAAAUAAUAAAAAUAAUAAUAAUAUGAGAGAGAAAUGAUAUGACGUGAUUUGUUGGUACAUUAAUGAGCGUCAAGAUUGUGUUCAAGCUGUCAAGGUAUAAACAAAAGACGUAUCCGAGAGAGAAGGACAAGAAAAUUAUACUUUUUAUAUCCUCAAAUCCUAAAUUGACCUUAAAAAAAGCAAAACGUUUGCCAAGGAAAGGACGUGAGAGAGCGAGACGAGUAGAAUAAAAAAAAAUAUAAAAGAGAUUUAGGAUAAAAGAUGAUAUCAAGUCGUAUCCAAAUCUACGCCUUUUUGGUCUUUUUAAUCUUUAAUGUGGAGAAAGCUCUCUCGAUUGAUUGCUUCAAAUGUGUAUCGAUGAAUGGUGCAAAUCCAGAGUGUGACGAUCCUUUUCAUAACAAUUUUUCAUCUGCUCUUUUUGAGAGUCCCUGCAUGGGUGGACGGAAAGGACGAGAUGGCCUUUUUCCCGCAACAUCAUGCAUAAAGAUUGCAGGAUAUUUUGAUGAUAAUAAACAUACGAUUACAGUUCGAGGGUGUGCACUCGAUUCUGGCACUUUAACAACAGACACGGAAAUCAUCAGGAUGUCGCAUUGCGGUAAAUUUUAUUAUGACGAAAGAUAUGUUCAUGGAUGCCUUCAGUCAUGCGACAUUGAUGGUUGCAACAGAUCAGGGAUAACAAUGAAAAUUAAUUCGCUUUGCGUAGCUUUUUUACUGCUAAUUACUUACAUUUCAAUGGCCCUUUUCAACCGCAGCUAACAUUAACUCGAGGUUGACAGGAAAUGGUAAUUAAAAGUAAUAAGAAUAUAUAUUUAAAGAAUAAAGCUUUUGUUAAUUUAAUAAAAAAAAUUUUAUGUUGU